GAGUUGGCUCUCUAGCCACAAUGUUGAGAAUUGAGACAUCUCAUGAGCUCUAAACUAGCCAGCUCACAAGUUGAGCUCCGCAAGUCACCGAGUCGAGCUAGCUCGUGAGCUCCACGAGCUGCAGAAGGCUAAGCUCAAGCUCGACUAUUUAAUAAACGAGCCGACUUUCAAACGACUUUUUCCGAGUCGAACGUCGAGACGCUAGUGAAUAGCUCGGCUCAUUUGCAGCUCUACUUGCGGCCUUACAACAUCAACAUUGCCAUAUUAAUUCCAGCACGAUCAAAUCUCAUAUUCCAUAUUUCUCUCAUUGUUAUAAGAACUGAACCAGAUCAACGGCUGGGCCAGUAGAACCGUCAAGUUAGUUACGAUAGCGGUCCGGUUCAUUGUUUGGACGGUUAUUGAUGGAUCAAACUGUUUUUCACGGUUCAACAUAAAAUCAGGUGAACCAUCACGGUCUAACUGGUCCACUGGUUCACUAUUUUAACCAAAAAAAUUUAAAAAAAUACUUUAACAUAAACUAAGAUCAUCAAACAUAAUUAUUAAUUUUAUAUAUGCUUCUUUUUCUCCUUUUUCAACCUUGUUGUGGACUUUACGUAGUCCACUAUCGACUGACAUCGUAAUUUUUAAUUUGAAUUAAAAAAUAUGAUUUCUUUUGUGAGAUGGUUUGAACAAUUUAUCUGAUAUUUUGGUGAUGAGAUAAAUUUGAAAUUGUUUAUGGUCAAUAAUAAAUUAAUUCUUAAAUUAAUGUAAUAUACAAGUUUUAUAUGUUAUAUAUUAUGAACGUUUCACCAACAAUUUUGUAACGAUUAACCACUAAACCCUAAAUCACUAACUUUUCAGAUUCAGCCUCCACCCCGAUUUUGAAAACAGAGAUUUCUCUCAAACAUUUCGCUUUUGCAUAAAAAAACUGAAAAUAGCAUGUACAUAACUUAUUUGCUUGAACCUCUGCCUCAUAACAAGGAAAACAUAUUUUUAACAAAAUUCUCAAUGCAUUUUCCACAUUCUCGGAUUCAGAAACCAACUAUCAUGGUUACAACUUACAAUAUACAAAGUACAGGUUGUAUAUUGUACAACUACUCAAACAUGUUAAAAAUAAAAAAAUACAAAAAAUAGUCAAAUCCAGUGCAAAUAUAUAUUUAUAUUUAUGAAUCCCACUGGAAAAAGGAAAAUAUGGAGGGGAAAUAAACGUAACAAUAAAAAUAAAAAAACCCGACACUAUCAACACCUAUAAAAUGUCCAAACACUCUUCAUCCUUCUUCUGCCCUUUGUAUUCCCUGAGCCACUUCUCGCUUUAGGGUUUCUCAACCACAGUACCUUCCUCUCGUUAAACUCGCCAAUCGAAAGCCAUUCCGAAGCCGGCGAAGCCUCCAAUUCGUUCCUCUUUCGCACAGUUCAUAGGGUUCCGAAUUCAGGAUUUGCGUUCUCGAUUGCUUUGUUGGUUUGAUUUCGAAGAAUUUAUUGUUUUCAGUUCCGGGGGGGGCAAAAUUUCUGGUUCGAUUCGUCGCUUGAGCUUUUGCCGGAUGCAGGAAAUUCUCGAAACUGGAUCCGUAGCCGCGUGAUCGCGCGACCACGGAUUCAAUCGGGGCGGUUUAGUUCGUGUAUGGAAACUCGGAGCCGGAAGCGGGCGGAGGCCUCCUCAGCAGCCCCUUCUUCUUCUUCCUCUUCCGCGCCUUCUUCCCCAGGUCCCACUACCCGCUCACAGAAACGCUCCCGCCUCUCUUCCUCCUCCACCGCCACUGCUUCCUCUCCAGCUGCCGCUGCCUCACCCGCUGCUGUUGCUACUCGGUCUCGCGUCUCUCGAGCUCAGCAGCCUGCUGCUGUAAUGGACCCUACAACCACUCCCGUCGAAUCGUCUUCCUCAUCCAGGUCGCGACGCAAUCGAGGCGGGGAAUCGUCCGACAAAGGGAAGGAGAAGGAGCAUGAGGUUAGGGUUCGGGAGAGUAAUAGGGAUGUUAGAGACAGGGAUAGGGAUAGCUUAGGGAUAAACAUGGAAACAGGUCGGAAUAGCAACAGGAAUGAGGAGGAUGAUGAUAAUGAUAGCGAGGAAGGUGGUGGCAUUGGGGCUUUCCACCAGAAUUUGACAUCUGCAAGCAGUGCACUGCAGGGUCUCUUGCGAAAGCUGGGAGCUGGACUUGAUGAUCUCCUGCCCUCCUCGGCCAUGGCCUCGGCAUCUUCUUCGCACCAGUCUGGUAGAUUGAAGAAGAUUUUGGCUGGGUUGAGAGCUGACGGUGAAGAAGGAAAGCAAGUGGAGGCAUUGACCCAGCUUUGCGAGAUGCUGUCAAUUGGAACUGAGGAUUCUUUGAGUACCUUCUCGGUGGAUUCUUUCGUGCCUGUUUUAGUUGGGUUGCUGAAUCAUGAAAGUAAUGCGGACAUUAUGCUGCUUGCCGCUAGAGCAAUCACACAUUUAUGCGACGUGCUGCCUUCUUCCUGUGCUGCUGUAGUGCAUUAUGGUGCGGUUUCGUGUUUCGUUGCAAGGUUGCUUACUAUCGAGUAUAUGGACUUGGCUGAACAGUCUCUGCAAGCAUUAAAGAAGAUAUCUCAGGAGCACCCGACUGCCUGCCUGAGAGCUGGAGCUCUUAUGGCUGUGCUUUCUUACUUGGAUUUCUUUUCUACCGGGGUCCAGAGAGUGGCACUAUCUACCGCUGCAAAUAUGUGCAAGAAGCUUCCUUCAGAUGCUGCUGACUUUGUGAUGGAAGCAGUUCCGUUGCUCACAAAUCUUCUUCAGUAUCAUGAUGCUAAGGUAUUGGAGCAUGCCUCUGUUUGUUUGACUCGUAUUGCUGAAGCUUUUGCUUCAUCGCCAGAGAAACUGGAUGAACUGUGUAAUCAUGGCCUGGUAACCCAAGCUGCAGAUCUCAUCUCCACUAGUAAUGCUGGAGGCGGACAGGCAUCCUUGAGCCAACCUACAUAUACUGGAUUAAUUCGGCUACUCUCAACAUUUGCGAGUGGGUCUCCUCUAGGUGCUAAGACUUUGCUGCUUCUUGGAAUCAGUAGUACUCUCAAAGAUAUAUUGUUGGGUCCUGGUGCUUCUGCUAAUGCAUCUGCGCCUGCUCUGAAUAGGCCAGCAGAGCAGAUGUUUGAGAUUGUGAACCUUGCAAAUGAGCUUCUUCCUCCGCUUCCACAUGGAUCAAUAUCCCUGCCUACAAGCUCAAAUGUAUUGGUGAAAGGUCCUCUUAUUAAGAAAGCAAGUACCAGCUCUUCUGGAAAUCAUGAUGAUGCAAAUGGAGAUGCUGCCGAGAUUUCAGCAAGAGAAAUAUUAAUUAAAGAUCAACCAGAUUUGCUCCAGCAGUUUGCAAUGGACCUGCUUCCUGUUCUAAUUCAGACCUAUGGUUCUAGUGUCAACAGUCCUGUGCGUCAUAAAUGCCUCUCUGUUAUCGCAAAGUUGAUGUACUUCAGCAGUGCAGAGAUGAUUCAGUCUUUGCUGAGCUCGACAAACAUAUCAAGUUUCUUAGCCGGCGUUUUGGCAUGGAAAGAUCCACAUGUGUUGGUUCCUUCACUCCAGAUAGCUGAGAUUCUAAUGGAUAAGCUCCCAGGAACCUUCUCGAAGGCUUUCAUCAGGGAGGGGGUGGUUCAUGCUGUUGAUCAGCUUAUCUUAGCUGGUCCAAGCACUGCUACUCCUGCAACUCCUCCUACCGAGAAAGACAGUGAUGCAGCCUCAGGGCCGUCGUCGCGUUCUAGGCGUUAUAAGCGUCGUUCUAGCAACCCGAAUCUUGACGUGCCAGAAGACACUAAAGGUCCAGUUUCUGCUAAUACUGGAUCGCCUCUGAGUUCUGUUGAAAUUCCAUCGGCAAAUUCCAGCCUACGUGUGGCUGUCAGCACAUGUGCUAAAGCUUUCAAAGACAAGUACUUCCCUUCUGAUCCAGGGGCCACUGAUGUUGGGGUCACAGAUGAUCUGUUGCAUCUGAAAAAUCUUUGCUCAAAGUUAAAUGCUGGUGUGGAUGACCAGAAGUUUAAAGGCAAAGGAAAAUCAAAAGCUUCUGGAUCUCAUUUUACUGAAUUGUCUCCUGAAAAAGAAGAGUACUUGAUCAGCGUGUUAACUGACUUGCUGGAAGAACUGAGCAAAGGUGAUGGAGUAUCCACUUUUGAGUUCAUUGGAAGUGGUGCUGUAGCUGCACUGCUAAACUAUUUUUCUUGUGGUCAUUUCUCAAAGGAAAGGAUCUCUGAAGCUAACCUGCCUAAGCUCCGGCAACAAGCACUUAGACGAUUUAGGUCCUUCAUAUCUGUUGCUCUUCCCUCUGAUAUUCAAGAAGGAAGCCAUGCUCCUUUGAGUGUCUUGGUUCAGAAGCUUCAAAGUGCUUUGACAUCCUUGGAUCGUUUUCCAGUUGUUCUUAGCCAUUCAUCUAGAUUAUCUAGUGGAAGUGCACGUCUAUCUUCUGGGUUAAGUGCCCUGACCCAACCUUUCAAGUUACGCCUUUGCCGUGCCCAAGGGGAGAAAUCACUAAGGGAUUAUUCUUCAAAUAUUGUUCUUAUUGACCCAUUGGCAAGUUUAGCAUCUGUUGAAGCAUUUCUUUGGCCACGUGUUGAUCGAGGUGAAUCUGGACAGAAGCCGUCACCUUCUGCUGGAAACUCCGACUCUGGUACAACACCUGCGGGUGCUGGUGAAUCAUCUCCAUCUACCUCUACACCUGCUUCAACCGCACGUCGCCACUCUGCAAGGUCUAAGGCAUCUGUUAAUAUAAGAGAUUCUCCCAAAAAGGAACCAGUGCAGGAAAGAGGGACAAGCUCAUCGAAAGGGAAGGGUAAGGCUGUCUUGAAAUCUGCUCAGGAUGAGGCCAAAGGCCCCCAGACGAGGAAUGCUUCCCGUAGAAGAGCAGUCGUCGAUAAAGAUUCGCAGAUGAAACCGCUGGAUUGUGAUUCUAGCUCUGAGGAUGAAGAACUGGAGAUCUCUCCGGUUGAGCUUGAUGAUGAAUUGGUGAUUGAUGAUGGUAUGUCAGACGAUGAAGACGAUGAGCAUGAUGAUGUGUUGGGAGAUGAUUCUCUUCCUGUCUGCAUGCCUGAAAAGGUGCUUGAUGUAAAAUUAGGCGAUGCACCCGAAGAUACUACUGUUGCUUCAGCAACAAAUGAUGGCGGUCUUUCUAAUCCAGUUCCUGGCUCUAGUAGUAGCCGUGGUGCUGGUGGUAGAGCCUCUGAUUUAGCUGAUUUAAGAACUGGUCUCUCCUAUGGUACUAGGGGUGCUAUGUCCUUUGCUGCUGCGGCAAUGGCUGGGCUUGGUUCUGCUGAUGCUAGGGGUAUCAGAGGAAGCAGAGACCGACAAGGACGCCUUUUGUUUGGUGGCUCUAAUGAUCCAGCAAGAUUGAUCUUCACGGCCAGUGGGAAGCAGCUCAAUAGGCAUUUAACCAUAUAUCAAGCCAUCCAGCGACAGCUCGUGCUGGACGAGGACGAGGAUGAUAGAUAUGCUGGUAGCGAUUUUGUUUCCAGUGAUGGAAGUAGACUUUGGAGUGAUAUAUACACUAUAACUUAUCAAAGAGCUGAUGGCCAAAGUGAUAAGGCCUCUGGUGGUGGUGGAUCAAAUGCUACUACUCCUUCCAAGUCUGGAAAAGCUACAAGUUCUUCUGGUGCAAAAUCUGAUACUCAACUGCAUCAAAUGUCACUUCUAGACAGCAUAUUGCAGGGUGAACUUCCAUGUGAUCUUGAGAAGUCCAAUCCUACCUAUAACAUACUGGCACUGCUUCGUGUCCUGGAUGGUUUGAACCAGCUUGCAUCCCGUCUGAGAGCACAAUUAGUUACUGACAACUUUGCAGAGGGUAAAAUCUCGAGUUGUGAUGAGCUUACUGCUUCUGCUGUCAAGGUCCCUACUGAGGAAUUCAUCAACAACAAGCUCACUCCUAAACUAACCCGACAAAUGCAGGAUGCCCUUGCAUUGUGCAGUGGUAGUCUUCCUUCUUGGUGUUACCAGUUGACCAAGGCAUGCCCAUUCUUGUUUCCCUUUGAGACCCGCCGGCAGUACUUCUAUUCAACUGCUUUUGGGUUGUCACGUGCUCUGUAUCGACUUCAACAGCAGCAAGGUGCUGAUGGAGGAGGGCCGUUUAAUGAGAGAGAAGUCAGAGUUGGAAGGUUGCAGCGUCAGAAAGUGCGUGUUUCUAGGAAUCGCAUUCUUGAUUCUGCUGCUAAAGUAAUGGAGAUGUAUUCUAGUCAGAAAGCAGUGCUAGAGGUAGAGUAUUUUGGGGAAGUUGGUACUGGGCUGGGUCCCACUCUAGAGUUCUAUACCCUUUUGAGUCAUGAUUUACAAAAGACUUCACUUGGGAUGUGGAGGUCCAGUGAAUCAUCAUCGUCUGAGAAGUCUCCCAUGGAAAUUGAUGGGAACGAGAAGCUUGUUCAUGCUCUGCUGGGUUUGUUCCCUCGGCCGUGGUCCCCAAAUGCAGAUGCCUCUGAGGGUAGUCAGUUGCACAAGGCUAUUGAGUACUUCCGGCUUGUUGGUCGUGUGAUGGCUAAAGCUCUUCAGGAUGGGCGGCUUUUGGACUUGCCAUUUUCUACAGCUUUCUAUAAGAUUGUUUUGGGUCAAGAUCUUGAUUUAUAUGAUAUUCUUUCUUUUGAUGCUGAGCUUGGGAAGACGCUGCAAGAACUGGAUGCCCUUGUUUGUAGGAAGCGUUAUUUGGAAUCCUCUGGGAAUGGUGAUGCUGUUAUUGAUAUACGAUUCCAUGGGGCUAAGGUUGAGGAUCUCUGCUUGGAUUUUACUCUUCCUGGUUAUCCAGACUACAUCCUGAAGACAGGGGGAGAUCAAACUGUUGAUAUCAGUAACUUGGAGGAUUAUAUAUACUUGGUAGUAGAUGCAACUAUUAGGACAGGAAUAACCCGCCAAAUGGAAGCAUUCAGGAAUGGAUUCAAUCAAGUGUUUGAUAUAGCAUCAUUGCAAAUAUUUUAUCCACUCGAACUGGACUACUUGCUUUGUGGGCGCAGAGAGCUGUGGGAGGCUGACACCCUUGUCGAUCACAUCAAAUUUGAUCAUGGUUACACUGCCAAGAGCCCUGCAAUUAUUAACUUACUUGAGAUUAUGGGAGAAUUCACGCCAGAGCAACAACGAGCCUUUUGUCAAUUUGUUACUGGUGCACCACGGCUUCCUCCUGGUGGUCUGGCCGUGUUGAACCCUAAGUUGACCAUCGUGAGAAAGCAUUCUUCAACCGCGACAAACCCACCAUCUAACGGGACAGGGCCUUCGGAGUCGGCAGAUGAUGACUUGCCUAGUGUGAUGACCUGUGCUAAUUACCUCAAGCUUCCUUCCUACUCUACGAAGGAAAUAAUGUACAAGAAGCUGGUCUACGCAAUCAGCGAAGGGCAGGGAUCAUUCGACCUGUCUUGAGCUUUCGACUAACUCGCAACUCCCAUGAUCGAGAAAGAAGGCAAAACUGUGUACAGUAGCACGAGGAAUGAAGAUGGAGAUACCUCGAGGGUUAUCCGCUGCUCAAUAAUGGCAUCUUUUACCCCCUGCAACUUAAACUUUUUGGCCGUCAUCAAGGUCAGUCCGCCUAAUUUUUCACAAAGGGCCGUCAGGAUGCUGGCUAGUCAUCAUGCCUUCCAAUCGCGAUUUAUUGUUACUGCUUACUGUUGUGUACAGGUUGUGGAUUGGAGUUGCGUUUUCGAAAAAAGCUGUAAAGAGGGAUGUUUGCAGAAACAGGAACUGCUGCCAAAAUGAAGUGGAUUGUGUAAAUAAAAAAAAAAAAAGAAGAAUAGGGUCUGGAGAGAAUUCUUAUUAUCAAUUUGCCUUUUAGGGUUUUUAUUAGUAUUUAGGAAUGCAUGUAUUUAAUUGCAAGUGGUGAAAAAAUUUGGUAUCUUUUGAUGAUAUAUCUCGCCCUUACCCUCCAACUUUGGUUUCUAUUUGGCUUUAAUUCCCAGCAGUUUACCAGUUUUGGCCUUUUGGGGUUGAGUGAGAACCCUUGUAUAAAAGAAUGCAAAACCAAAAUCUGCACCAGGAAGUAUGGGUGGCGAUUCGGUUAUUCGAACUAUAAAACCGCAAGACCAUUAGAAACCGAUAUAUCAAUUACCCAAUUGUCUAAAAAUCGAAAUGAAAUCUUGAAAUGUAU